CAAGUGAAGUUCGCAUAUCUUCGCUUAAAUUUUUUCCAAUAAAUUUGUUUAUUGGAAAAACAAGCAAAACUCAUUUAUCAGUUGACAGUGUUUGUGUAUUUCGCCAUGCUGGAAGUUUUGAGUUGGUUCAGUUCCUUUGAAAUGUACAAAAGAUGAAAUAAUUAUAAAGUAUUCAUAUUAAAAAAUGGGUACAGAAGAUAUAAAUACCGACACUACGGAUUCGAGGAAUUCGAAAGAUGCCUUCUUCGAUCCAAAGCCUAAACCUAAAAUGAUAAGAGUGUUGACAGUAUUGGCAUAUGUUUUAAGUGUUUCAAUGGCUGCUAUAUUUUUAUCGAUUUAUUACAUAUUUAUGUGGAAUGGAGAGCCACAUUUAGGGGCUCACAAAAGUGAAUCUCUUAACUAUAGUAGCUUAGGGGAGAGUGACAAUGGACUGAAUGCUUCUUUACAUAUAGAUACUGUACCACAAGCGCUAGAACGGAAAGCAGUAGCAGAAAUUGUAGACGAUAAUAGAAAAAUAAAUUUAACUGACUUUAAUAUUAAAGAAGAUUUAAACAAUGAAUCUAGUACUAUAACGAAUACAUUGACAGAUAGAGAUUUGCAACAACAGUUUCCAGCAGUUGAGCCAGAAAUGAGGCUGCCAUCUCCUACAACAACUUCGGAAGAUAAUACCACAAACUGGCAAGAAGAUUAUAACGAUAGUUUAGAAGAUUUAAGAAAAACGAGUAAACUAAUUAAGAAGCUGUGGGAUAGAGAGGAAGAAAAUUAUUGAAAAACAUUUAAAUUUAAUGUGUUAAUGUAUACUAUAGAAAACUCUCAUAGCAGAGGUAGUACAUAAUUAUUUUAUUGAACACAAAAGACUUAAAAUGUGAUGUCACAAAAUAUAGUUGUAAAAACUUUGUAUAUGGUCCGUAUACAUUUACAUAUGCCACGAAGACUUUUUUAUUUCAAUUAAUUGCGUCAACUACUAAGUAGGAUCAUUAUUUUUGUUAUACUUUGUUACUAAAUAAAGUUGACUUCAUUGGCUUUACACAGAGUCUCUUAUUAUAUCGGAAUUUGUAGAUCCGACAAAGAUAAGAAAUUUUUUAAUAAAAAUUAACAUGAUGUCCUUAUUUUGGUAUUUGGAAGAUUUGUUUGAAGGUAAUGACUUUCUUGGUGACAUAAUUAACUUUUAAAUCCUGCUCCUCAUCCCUAUCACUUUCUUUCUAUUGAUUAUGAAAGAAGCUUGGGAAUAAUUACUCUGCAAAAAGCAAUAUUUUAGGCAGCGUGUAUCUGUCUUCGUUUUCCAUACAGAAGCUCUGUUCCUUCGUUUUUUAA